CGAGCCUGCUGGAACGGACAUUUUUUUGAUACCUACAUUGAGAUAAUAAAGUUGAGAAUUUUUCUCAGAAAACUAAAAAGAAGAAGAAAGGGAGCCAAAAAUCACGAGAUCAUUCCGUUUUAUUUUACAGAGACUGUUAUAUAAAUUCAACAUCGGAAUAUCGAUUAAAAGUGAAUCGCAAUUUUCUACCCGUCGUGAGUUUCGCACCGGCCUAAUCUGCACCAGAACUUUGGCGAUGAUGGUGACGUGAAAAUAAAUUGUAUGAAAAAAAAAGUGACGUGAUUGACCGAUAUUUUAAUCGACGAUUGAGACCGUGUCAUAUUUACAUUCGAAUCGUGAACAGAGAAAAUGCGAUAUCAUCGUGUGAUUUUCUUUUUUAUAAUUUUACCAACUUCCGUGUUAUACGUGAAAAAUGUGGUCGCUGCCGCUGGUGAUUUCGCGGUCUGCAACACGAACACCUUGGCGGUUUACAAAUUACGAAUGGAAACGCAUUGGUCGAAGGAAAUAUUCCCGAAACAGUAUCCGACAUUUAGACCCCCCGCACAAUUCUCCAGUUUACUAGGUUUGGUGCACAACCGGUCGUACGUUUUGUGGCGUGAGGGUGACGAAGCUAGUCCGGAGAUUCGUACGAUUGCAGAAAAAGGUACCGGAGUCAUUUUGGAGACGCAGAAAGGCGUUGCGGACAUUUUCGCGGCACCGGCUGUAGCGCAAGGGGUGGGAUCGACGGAAACGAUUCUCUAUUCCGACGGCAAACAUACAUUGGUAUCCCUGAUAUCUAAAAUCGUACCGUCGCCGGAUUGGUUCGUCGGAUUGGACAGCUUCGAGCUCUGCAAAAACGGUCGAUGGGUGGACAACGUUUCGAUUCAUGGUGGACCAUUCGAUGCUGGUACUGACAACGGCUUCACAUUUACAGCGCCCAACUGGCGGACGGAUCCAAGUUCACCGAUCACUCGAAUAACUUCUAAGGAGCCGUCGCACCCUGCGAACAGCUUUUAUUAUCCAGAAAUCGAGGAGCUACCGUCGUUAGUGACCUUCAACAUCACGAGGGAGCGAGUCUACAAAGCAAUCGACGGUGCGCAGAGAUCGGUUUCGAAACGCAGGCGAAUGAAAUUUUCAAGGAAUAAUAAUCCCGUUGUCGUACCUCUCGGAAAUCCUCAUCUCCACAGGAAACCCGCACGCGCUAAACGUCCGCUGAGAAAAAUAGCGCGUCGUCCCGUCGAAUGCGUAAUGAGCUCCUGGAGUUCGUGGUCAGCUUGCAGUGCUUCCUGUGGCGUCGGAUUUGAAACGCGUACCAGAACGGUACUAAAACCAUCCAGACGAAACGGAUUUUGUUCUAAAGAGCUUCAACAAAAACGUUGGUGCGGCGAACAGUCGAAUUGUAUAAGUAAAUACUUCAACUGGUGAAACGAAAAAAAGUGAUCGAAGAUGGCGACAUUAUGGAGGUGCACCCCAGGCGAAAAGAUGAUGCCUGAUGAGCUGUCAUAAAUGGAAUCGACCAAAUUUCAUGAUUAUUUCUAGUUUAUCUUGGAGAUUGAUUUACGAAUGAACAAAAUUACUAAAAUUUCGAUUCUAAUGCGAACUCGAGCCAGGAAAUAAUUCAUUUGACUAAAUAAUUUGAAAUAUGGUGCCGUCUUAUCGACCACAAUCAGUCUUGACAAAGUAAUUUUAAUAGAUUAAAAUUAACCUUGCCACAUUAUCGUUAGAAAAAAGAUAUGAGAAUAUAAAGAUCAUAGAUACGGCAAUAUCUGUCUGUCAAUAGAUUGCAAACAAUAUUCUAAGUUUGGCUGUACGGGGUGAUGAAGGGGUUGGGUGAUUUGAAUGAUCACCGAGGCUGUAAAUCGUAAAAUCGCAUGCUCUCGUAUUAAUGUAAUAAAAGUUGAAGAGGAUGAUGUUUUCUGGAUAGUUCUGAGCAUGAACUCCUCUAAUUCCACUUCAUAUAUAAUUUCUAGUAUUUCGUAUAUUUUACGCAAAUGAUGUAUUUUCAAUUGAAUAAAUAGAUCGUCUUCCUAUCCUA